CACAACACGACAGCAGAUCAACGCUUCACACUUGAAGUUGAGCUCUGAAAGCGAGACGACACAAUCAUGCUGCUGUUGUUGAGAGCUGUCUUGGUGCUAGGCCUGGCUGCAUCGUUGCACGCCACCAGAAAACGCCAGGCCAUCUCGGUGAAGUUGUGGAAAGGAACUGGAAUGAAGGAAAAGGUAUUGAGACUGGUGCUGGAUCCCUCGGUGCAGCCUCAGAUCGUCAGCAUGUCUGCCUCAUCCAUCGCCAACAUGUCUCUGUCGCCGUGGACAUACAGAGACUCCUAUAAUGCGUCUCGGUGGCCCCAGAGGAUCUCCCAUGCUCAGUGCCAGACCUCUGGCUGUCUGAGCCUGCAGGGAGAAGGUGAGGAUUCUUCACUGGAAGCUCAACCCAUCUACUACCAGGUCCUGGUCCUCCACAGAGUCCCAAGGCAAAGGCAAAAUAACAAAGGAGGGAGGAAAGGAAGGAAGAAGUACGAAUACAGACUGGGGAUGGAGGUGAUCACAGUGGGCUGUACCUGCGUGCGGCCCAGUGUCGUACCACAGUAAUAAGACACAGGAGGCCUCUGACGUUAGCGAUUCUUUCAGCGUGCUGUAACUGUUGCUUUCACCAGGUUCUAACUUAAAACAAUCAAUAUGUAAUCACACAGUGUUGUAAGUUAUAACUGAUUCAGACUGUGUAAUGUGAAAGAGCCUUUUUUUUUUUUUA